UGCAGUGUGCACUCGUUAUUUGGUUCCCCACUGUCCCUCGCUAGAGUGGAACGGCUAAGCUUAGUCGAACUGUAAACGUAACAAGCGCAAACUGACCUCUAGCGGAAGCGUCUGAGAAGUGCAGUAGUGUUUCAAUGGCAACAAUCACAGAGUUGAAAAGCGCCUUAAAAGAGACGCUGGAGGCCCGUGGGGUCCUCGGGCAGCUGAAGGCGAGGAUCCGGGCGGAGGUGUUCAGCGCGCUGGACGAUCAGACCACUCCGCGCCCGCCGCUGUCCCACGAGAACCUGCUGAUCAAUGAACUGAUCCGAGAAUAUCUGGAGUUCAACAAGUAUCGAUACACUGCAUCAGUGCUGACCGCAGAAUCAGGUCAGCCUGAAGUUCCCCUGGACCGUCAGUUCAUGGCCAAUGAGCUCAAUGUUGCAGAAGAUUCAAGUGCCAAAGCAGUGCCAUUGUUGUAUGGAUUGCUCCAUCACUUCCUCAGCAGUAAAGAGGAGCAAAAAGGAAAACUCUUCCUAAAAGGCUCGGCAACAGUGCAUUCACAAGAGGCACAUGGCCAUCUCAAUGCAGAGUCAUAACCCUGAUGGCUCUGCAGUCAUCUAGAAACGAACAUACAAGAGGAAGUCAUAUGAUCACAGAUAAAUAGUUUCAUUAAAGAGGCCAAAAUAUUCUAUCCUGGUCACUCUGGUUUUAGAUAUUGAAUAUAUUUUCUUUUUUAAUGUAGUUUUUUUAUAUUCAUAGUAUUCGUUUUAUGAAUAAAACCAAUGUGAUUAUUCAGUUUAGGUUCUUGACUGUGCUUCUUAUGUAGUCAAUAGGAUUACAGAUAUGUUUUUAAGAACAAUACAGAACAUUACAAUACAGUCAUAUUCCUCAUGUAUUGAAUGUAAAUAUCCUUGACAUCCGUUUAACUGAUUUUGAAUUUGAUUGUUUGUAUUAUUUUCUUUUAAAUUCUGUACAUGAAAUAUUAAAUUUAAAUUUGCAGUAAAAUAACAACAGCCUUAUUUUUUUAUACACACAUAUUUGUUACUAAUAUGAACUAACAUUAAUGAAGAUAUUCAUGCACAUUUUGGUAAUUUCCGCAGUCUGAGUUGAACAUGUUAAUCUAAUCUUAAAGGGUUAGUUCACCCAAAAAUGAAAAUUCUGUCAUCAUUUACUCACCCUCAUGUCGUCCCAAACCUGUAAGACAUUUGUUCGUCUUUGGAACACAAAUGAAGAUAUUUUGAAUGAAAUCUGAGAUUUCUCUCCCUCCAUUGACAGCUACGCAACUACCACUUUGACGCUUCAAAAAGCACAUGAAGAGAUUGUAAAACUAAUCCAUAUGAAUUGAGUGGUUUAGUCCAAAUUUUCUCAAGAGACACGAUCGCUUUAUGAUGAACAGAUUGAAUUUAGGCUUUUAUUCAUAUAUAAACAUUAAUCAGCGAACAUAAACAGAAGCUCAACUGAACCUGCUGAAUCUAUGUGAAUAAAAGCCUAAAUUCAAUCUGUUGAAUUCUGUCUCUUCAGAAAAUUUGGACUAAACCACUCAAUUGAUAUGGAUUAAAAUUAGCAAUCUUUUUGAAGCGUCCAAGUGGUAGUUGCGUGGACUGUCAGUGGAGGGACAGAAAACGCUCAGAUUUCAUUAAAAAUAUCUUCAUUUUUGUUCCGAAGAUUAAUUUUUGGUUGAACUAACCCUUUAAGAUAAGUGCUUUGAGUGUUUAUCUUAAAUGGCAGUACACUAAAGAACUGUCAAAUCAAGCCUGGAUUGUUGGAUAACUUAAUGAGUCUUUCUGAAGCCCCAGGUCCUUAAACUUUGAAUUUUGAACAUUCUUUCUUUUGACUGGUUUUCAUCCUUCACUCUCUUUUCAUCUUGCCAAAGCCAACCUGUCUAGAAAUGACAUUUGAACUACAGUUUCUUGUUUAAGCUGCUCUUUUCAAACCUUUAACUGAUGAAUUGUCUGUAUCUACAGAAAGUACUUGUUGUAAUAAAAAAGAAAAAAUAA